AUGGCCCGGCAACCCCAGGUGUGGUCAGUGACACUGAGCGUGUGGACAGCAGUGAUCGCCCAUUCCUUGCAGUCCCUGAACGCACUGCAGACGCAGUACCCUGUCCUGAAUGAGACGGAGUUGCUCCUCUGCGAAUGCAAAGAAAAGGGCUGCCAGGCCGUGUUCUGGUACUGGCAACCCAGCAGCAGACCCAGCGACUUCCGCUUCCUCUUCUACUACAACAAUGCGGACAAGGUCACGUAUGGGCCGGCCAUCAACCAGACCAAGUACAAAGGUAGCCGGAAGGACGGGGUGAGGGUCAAUUACUUGCUGAAGAUUUCGAGCAUCCAGAAGAGCGACGCGGGCUUCUACUCUUGCCUGAUCCAGUACUCUAACCGCAAUGAGCUUGGCAGCCCUGGGAUCAAGCUCAGACCAGGAGAGAAGGCCCCCACACCACCUCCACCCCCUAAACCCCCGAAGACGCUCCCACCCUGCCGCUGUCGCAACAGAGUAAUCCGGAGAGACCCACAAGGUUGUGGUCGGCUGGUGCUGUGGCCCUUGGUAGGAGUGCUCAUGUGCCUGGCUGUAGUGCUGAUCUCCACACUCUACUAUUUCAGCCGACUGCCAAAGAAAUGCCACCACCGCCUUGUCAAGUGA